AGGUGGAGCAGGCCCGCACGAGGGUCGCAAAGUCCCAGGACGAGCUGAACCAGCUCAACAUCACAGUGCGCCAGGUAGAGGAGAGUACAACGAGCAGAUGAAGGCCGAGAUCCAGGAGCGCCGGCGGGCGACCUACAAGGCCGAAGACGACAUCAAGAGCAAGGAGAAGGUCAAGAUAAAACAGGACAUCCUCAUUGACAAGAUGAACGAGGAUACGACGUGAAGCGGUUGAACGAGCAGAAGGCGUUGCUGGACGCCCAGUUGGCCGCCCAGAAGCAGGAGACCGAGGCGGCGACCCAGACGCUGAGGGAAGCGGGAGAAAGGAGAUGGAGGCCAUCGAGUUCGAGAAGAGGCAGCUGACUUCCCAGUGGAGGUCCUCGCUGCUAGGACGGAAUGCAGCGACGCGACGAGGCGCUCGGGGACGUGCUGAAGGCCAUGGAGGAGCUGGCAGAGGAGGAGCUGGCGAUCGACAACGAGCUGGCCGGGCUGAAGAACUCCACGCGCCAAGAGAGCAGGAGCGCAACGAGCAGAUCACGGCGCUGAAGGAUCGCAACGACAAGGAGAGAUGCAGUUUCUCCAGACGCAGAUGCAGAACCACAAGCAGGAGAGGGAGAAGCUGAUGGAGACUUUCACCAUGCUCAAGCAGACCAUGGAUUCGCACAGUCAGGACCCAGAGACGCAGCAGGUCAAGGUGCAGCUCAAGGCGCAGGAGAUGCAGCAGGCAGCGAUGGACAGGACGCAGCAGAUGCGGGUGCACCAGGAGACCAAGAAGCUCGUCCAGAAGAUCGACGAGCAGACCAGCGAGCACACCACUAGCGACCGAGAGAACAACAGCAAGAAACGCAUCAAGAAGAUUCAGGAGGAGACCAGACCAUCUCUCAGAAGGAGGUCGAGAACCAAAACUUGUACAACGAGAUCGCGCGGGUGACCGUGGACAGCCUCAACACGAAGGCGCACAACCAGAUGCUUAAGGAUCGACCGCCACGCUCAGCUUGCCACAGACCUUGCGGACCGCGAGAAGCUCAUCGAGCAGUAUGAGCAGGAGAAUCCGCAAGCGCCACCACCAGAUCGAGAAGAAGCAGCUCUACGUUGACCGCCUCAACCGCGAGUACGACGAGAAGAGGACGCCUACUCACCAUGGAGGAAGCCGGCGAGGCGGACGUGGCGGGGCCCCAGGAGGCGAAGCUCAAGCACAUGAAGAAGGCGAUCGGAGACCUCACCAAGGAGUGCGCGGACAUGCAGAAGGAUGACUGGAUUCAGAAGCAGACCCAGCUGCUCGCCAUCUCCACCGAGACGGAUCGCCUGAAGACUGGCCUGAACGAUCAGAGGAACCGCAAGAUGGUCCUCGACCAGAAGAGGAUCAGGAUAGAGAGCCAUCUGGCCUCCCACCAGAAGGACGUCAGGGAGCUGCAGAACGCGAUGAAGCACCUUCGCUUCGACAUGGACAAGAUGAACGGAGCGAUCGUGAACAACGACAGCAAGUCCAAGGACCUCGAGCUCGCUAACGCUAACAGGAUGAUGGAGACCGAGUUCGUGAACAAGCUCAAGGAAAAGGAGAAGCAGUGCCUCGAGGUGGAGAGGAUGGUUGAGCACAUCAAGGAAGACAAGGCCCAGAUGGCCCAGGAUCAUUCCUGGAGGCCGAGCGACAGGCCCUCCUCUGGGAGCGGAAGAUCACCCUUGAGAAGGAGAUCCCAUGCAGGAAGCGCUGGACCCCAAUGUGGGGCAGUCCGACGUCGCCGCGAUGAAGAAGGACGGAAAUUCACCGCAUGGAGCUGCGCCUGGAGCAGCUCAAGCGAAAUGCAGGAGCAGAUGAUAAUGGAGAUGGAGAGAGCCAUCAACAAACGCGAUGCCAUCCAGCUCAAGUAUGAGCCGAAGGCGAAGAAGACCAAGCAGACGCAGAGCGCGGUGAGCCUUAAGAGGCAGGUGCAGUCCCUGAAGAACAACCUGAGGCUUUGCACCCAGGCCACAUCCGACGUCGACCAGAAGCUCAGCGAGAGGGAGAGCGAGCUCUCGCAGCUGCAGCAGAGCAUCGAGCAGAACCAGGAGGAAUACGCCCGCGUGGAGCGGGCCGCGGAGCAGCUCCGCGCGGAGGUUCAGGUGGGCCAGGUCGCGAAGCAGCGCAACCUCUCCGCGCUGCUGCAGCUGCAGCGGAGCGCUAGGAGAGAUACGAUGAGCUGUCGACCGGCACGGGCCCCCCUCCUCCGGGAAACGUGCGCGCGCAGUACCAGGAGGAGGUCUCCACGAAGAACAGGACUGUCGACGUCAUCAAGACGCUGCACGACGCGUACCCGCAGCUCGAGGCCCUGUGGUCGGAGUUUUACUCCUGGCUGGGCGUGCAGCACGAGGGCUGAGCGGCCUCGCCUCGGGCCCGCCGGGCGGCGUCGGCGCGCACCUGGCGUGCCGCGGCGCGGGUCGAGGGGGGGCGGAGGAAGGACGAAAGGGGGAGGAGGUGUGAGGCCGCGCGGCUAGUAGGUCUCGCAACCUUGAGACUGGCUUGGACUUGUGGCCUGACUUGCUCGUGCUGCGCCUCCUGUCUGGCACAAGCUGGCUUGUCUCUGCGAGCGCGUGCUGUUUUCACAACAGGACAGUGUCGCACCGACAGUGGGGUACAAGCCGUCCCGGCCGAGCUUCGUGCUUUGCGAUGUGGGCCCCUCGGCCGCCGCCCAGAGGGAACCCCGCACGUCCUGCCCCGCAGGUCGCUGGGGGCCAUGGCCGGUGUCCUGAGGGCCGCGUUCCUGGGCGCGGUCGCUUUGAGCAUCAUGGCGGUCGUCUCGGGGGACCUUCCACCGACCACCUCGAGCAGCCGCGCGUUGGCCCCGCCGCUCGCGGCGGGCCCGCGUCCAGAUCGGGGAGCCAGGGAACGCCACGUGUGGGAGGCUGUCUGUCUCGUUCGCGAGAAAUUUAGGCUGGUGCCCCGCGCGGCGGUCGUGCACCAUUCGGUCCUUCCACGGCUGCGUCGGCCUGGGUCACACUGCUGCGCGCGCGGCAGGCGCCAAGGGCACGGGCGCGUACUCAGUUGUUGAUGUCGACGAUCUGGCAGUUCAACAGAAGAGAUGGAGUGAGGAAGGUUGGGCCGUGCUGCAGGGAGCAGUGAAAGACGCGGAUCUUCUCACUUCGAUGGCGCUCUGGGUCAAUCAGACAGUGAAGCAACGGGAGCCUAAUGCUUUCCGCAAGGUUGACAGUGUCAGAGCUUUGGCAGAGAACCCUGAGAUUAUUGAGUUUGUGUAUAUGCUGUCUGGCAGGAAAGCAUCGCCAUUCCAAACACUCAAUUUCAGGCAAGGGACGCAGCAGCCCACCCAUUCGGACCUCAUCCAUUUCUCAACAUUUCCACAAGGGUUGAUGUUGGCCGUCUGGGUGGCGUUGGAGGACAUCCAUAAUGACUCUGGCCCGUUGAUUAUGUAUCCAGGUUCGCACAGGGCAGAGGUUGCAUAUCAAGCUGACCUUGAGAUUUGGGCAGAAAACGAGUCGUGGGAAGGCCCGUACAGGCAAUACGAAGAAAGACUUCAGGCCAGGGUGCUCGCAACAUUGCCGCCACCACGAACAGUUCUGCUAAAGCGUGGUGAUGCUUUUGUUUGGGCUGCAAAUCUUUAUCAUGGAGGCUCUCCGAUCCGUGAUCCCAGUCGCACUCGUAUGAGCCAGGUCACCCACUAUUGGUUGGAGGGUGCGAACUCGUAUUGGAUCCCCAAGAUGUCUUGCAUCACGCAAGGCCGGAUUGUCACAACAAGCGGUCCAGAGGCAUGGAAAUUGACCAGCGCGCAGGUUUGGGGGCGACGACAACGCAUGGCUAAGGUGCAGCAGCGAUGCCCGCCAGACGAUCGUUGAAAUUCGCAGCCGCUCCUGAGAAAUUCCCGAAUUGAUCAUGUUCGUUUGUAGACUCAGCUGGCAUAGUCGAACAACAGGCCCCGAGAGAGGGAAGAGAGAAACGCAUGCACAGACUCAGGUUUCACUCCCAAUGUUCCACAAAGACGCGUCUGCAGGACCUCCGUUGCUGCGGCCAUUCCCAGCUCAGAAGUCUAGGCGUGGGUGGUGCCCCCGAUCCAAGGGCCACUGUUCUUAUGACUCCAAAGCGCAGGAGAGGCUAGCUUUUGCAGGUGCAGGGAGUUCCCCUGUUUGGCGAACCUCUGCAGUUGACCUGGUGUGUAGGCUUCAUUUGCCACCCAAGUUGACGGUGGUAGUUCGACCAGGGGCACUUGCAUGACGACCUGUGUGGCCUCGGACAGCAGAGCACGGCGCUUCCACGCUAGAAGUUGGCGCUGGAUGAUAAUCUAUUGUAAACCGCGAGGUCACCUCUGAAAGAGGCAAUGAUUUCAACCGUGGCCCGAUGAUUUUCACCUGCGGCUCCUGCGCUGUACCUCGCAGUGCGACCUCUCGUCCGAAAGGCCCUGCGCCAUCGACAGAGGUGCAUCAUCGCUGCAUCACCGUACCAACAUCUCAGGGUUUGUCCAUCUGCUUCCAACUGAACUCAAAUACAAUGACGUCCAACGCAG